AUGACAAGUUUUAAACAUUUUCACGGCCGGAUUAAAACGUUUGAUGAGGAUGUUAUGCUUCCGGAAGUAGAGCGAGGUGAUUCUAGGACCGACAGAACAUCAAAAGAAUACUCCAAAAAGCAUGAAAAGUUUUUCCCGGAGGAAACUUCACGGACUUCAGGUCAGCAACGACUAAGAAACCAUGUCCUGCUGUUCGACAAUGUAAGUAUACCAUGGAAGAGGUAUAAUGGGAAAUGGGUAGAACUAAGUGUAUAA